AUGGCGAGCACGUCGCAACAGUAUUGCCUACGUUGGAACAACCAUCGCUCUAACUUACUGACCGUAUUCGAUGAGUUGCUGCAAAAUGAGGCAUUUACUGACGUGACUUUAGCUGUUGAAGGUGGCGCCUCCGUCAAGUGCCACAAGAUGGUCCUGGCGGCGUGUUCUUCUUACUUCCAGACCCUCUUUAUCGACUUACCGUGCAAGCACCCGAUCGUUGUGUUGAAAGACGUCAAAUAUUCCGAAAUUAAGGCCAUCCUCGAGUACAUGUAUCGAGGAGAAGUAAACGUAGCCCAAGAACAAUUGGCUGGAUUGUUGAAAGUUGCAGAAGUAUUGAAAGUAAAGGGUUUGGUGGAGGAGAAUGGUUCACAGGGUCGUCGAGAGGAGGUUGAAACCUCGAUGUCUCCUCCUCCAGCCAUAAGUACCAGCACAACGAGCAGUGCAGCGCACAGUAGCGGUCACACGUCUCCCCCGCACUCCACAGGAACCUCUUACAACAUUUACGGAAAAUCUCCAGUCGACAGGAGCAAUCGCCUACCACUGCCAAUGUGGCCAUUAUCGGGGCUUCCUAUGUCUCAUUCCAGUUCCAGUCACCAAGCAGCGCCUCCAUCACAACACUGUUCCAUACUCGCCGGUUCCUAUGACAACGGCUAUGAAACCUCGCCUUUAAAGCGCAAAAAGCUCUCCAAUAUGUUUAUGAACAGGGACACGCCGAUACUGAGGACGGUCUUGGGCCAAGGUCAUGCUGAUAGCUCUCAGGGAAUUCCUUUAUUACAACCAGACAGUCAUGAGAAUCAUUUUAGAACCAAUAGCAAUGGGUCAUCGAAUGAUAAUGACAGACAUAGCAGCAUUGACUUGGUUCACGGAGAACCUGCGCACAGUCCUUACACCGACAUGUCCAUGAUGGAUGAUGAUGACAAGCAACCAUCUCCUCAGUCGUAUCCUGCAGAUAUAAAACCAGGGAUAGCAAAUUAUGUACCAACGCAGAAGCCAGAAUGGAAACGCUAUAAGCAGUACACAAGGAAUGACAUCAUGUCCGCAAUAGAAGCAGUGCGUUCAGGAAUGAGCGCCCUCCAGGCGGCACGUAAGUACGGAGUACCCUCCAGAACACUUUACGACAAGGUAAAGAAGCUGGGAAUCACGACAUCAAGGCCAUUCAAACGCGGUUCGAAUGGCAGUGGCGCCUGUUUCCCUUACGGGAUUGGUGGGAACGCGAAUGGAAACAUCUAUGGUGGCGCCCUCUCUGAAAACGAGAAUGAUAGUAGCAUGAUCGAAGGACCUGAGUCUACAUUAGAUGCAUACAAGUCAAAGGAUGCGCCAAUAGAUAGAGAGAUGCUGGAUGCCACUAGAUGUACCUCCAGCCCUAUAGUGCAUUCUGUAAAGCAACAAAGCAACGAAGAUCAGGUGGAAGAUCUCUCUGUGAGUCGUAAGUCGGAUGUCCGUGUGAUCGUUCCACCGUCGUCGGUGAUCAAGCAGGAGGAGGAUAUUGAUUCUGGUGCGUGCAACCACAACUAA